CUCAGAACUUGUGCAUGAACGACGAAGCUAUACUGUUCCCGUCCUUGAUGACCGUCUUUCUUAUGGUUAUGCCGAUGCUGAAAUUAUCCUAUGAUUAUCGGGCCGAGUUCGCAAACAUGAAGCUAGCUGCAACAGAAAACUUAAAGAACCGUUCCAGAGAUUUCCUCGCCUUGUUCGGCCGAUCGGAUCCUCGAUCUGGAGAUAAACGAGUAAUGGCGGCGUGAUCUGGACUUGUGGCUCAACCACUGACCAACAUUUGAGCAUAAUGGCGACUUCAAACUCGGGUACAUCUAGCUCAGAAAUUUCGAAACUCCCGCGUCUUUCUGACGCAGUGACGUACUCAAGCUGUGAACUCGAUUCUUCAGAGGCAUUCCGGUUGAGCCAUCAGCCAUUUUUAACCAGUGUGGAAUAUAUGCUGCGUCCUCGAUACCAUCCUAACUGGCACCCUUCCUGGCUUCGGAAAGACGGAACGGAGAGAUGGAAAUUUCGGGCUUUAUUUGAAGAUCAACAUUUCCCCAUGUCGCCCGUCGUCCUGAAUGUUGUCAGAAUGAAAGAUAAGACCAAAGUCGUUCUCCGAAUUACUCGCUCAGACACUGAUGAGCUUACCAUAGCCAAGCGUCUGUCUGAACCCACGCUCCUGCAGGAUCCACGAAAUCAUACUGUUCCUAUCCUCGAUAUCAUACCGAUUCCUAGUGACAAAGAGAAGCGCGUUUUCAUGGUCAUGCCGAUGCUCAAAGACUCUUACUCCCCACCGUUCCAUUGCCUGUCCGAAUUUGUCAACACCUUUCGUCAGCUUCUAGACGGUCUCGAUUUUAUGCACAGCCUCAAUAUAACUCAUAUUGACAUGACCUGAGCUAUGAUGGCGUCCACUGGUCCCUUCCAACUCGUCUGCGAUGCCGCGUCAGACCCGUCCAAUAUUAUAUCGACUUUGAGAGCGCUAAGAAUACCCGGAAGGCAAGGAGAGUGCCUUUACGUUGCGGCGUGAAGAGUUCGCCGGAGUUCUCUCUUGGUCUUCCAUGCAAUCCGUUCAAAUUAUAACACUGGCACCACAUUCUUCAAACUUUGUGACGUGAGGAUCUAUUGAUGACUAUAUUUG